AUGGAUGUUCCUCUUGUGUAUGAUAGUCAUUCAUCAUAUAGCGGUACUUCAGACUCGCGUGAGAGUGGUGGUCAUCAAAGCCUAUGGCUCGGUCCACCAGAGGCUGAAACGCGGGUUCAGAGAGAACCAUCUCCUCCAAAAGCUUACUCCUACCCUGUGGAUGCAACCCAGUAUGGUAGACGCCUUCCACAGUCCAAGUCUGACGGAAACGUCAAAUCGUUCGACUAUGGGAGCCGUGAUAAUUCUGAUCCAGCCAAUUACUAUAAUGGCUGGGAAGGUCCACCAAGGGAAGCCCCUGAAGAGCAGUGGCAGAGAAGCACCCAGACCCAUGAUCAGAGAAAUGAACCUAGCCAUGGGCCUCGUGGUCGUGGCCGCUCUCGUUCACCCGUCAAGGUGCUUGAAGACUUGGACGAGGAAAACGAACUCGACUUCUACCCGCACAAAAGACGUUCACGAUCCCCACACAAGAAGUUAUUCGGUGAAAAUGGAUGGUUGGGGCGUUCUCCUGAUAUCAACGAUGUACCCGCUGAAAAGAAAAAGCCUGGGUUGAGGGCUCUCGGAGAGAAGAUCAAGCAGCGUGUCGAAGAUAUUACGGGCACCGGGUCCUAUCCCUUCCAACCCAAGAUGUUGCCCAGAUCUACAUGUCCGAUUUCUCUUGACCCGCCUACUCAAGCGAAGCUCUACUCCGAAAUGGAACUAAUGAUCUGCGUCACUGCCAACCAAUUCCUCAUCAGCCAGUACCAGGCCGGCCAUAUGUCCGCAGAGUCCGUCGCCAAAGUUACCAAUUUCUGGGUUUCCAAGAGCAGGCCACAGGUUGUCCAGUUCCAAUUCGACCAGGCUACGCAGCGUGAAUUGAUUGUCUACAAUCUUCGAACAUUCAAAUUCCACGGAGAAUGUGCAUUUAAUACCGUGGUCUUAAACGCAACGCUGUAUAACUGGAAAGCAAUGGCAAAAGAGAUGGCCAUUCGAACAUUCUGCUACCCCGAUAGCGUGAUUAGGAAACACAUGCAUGAUACGCAUAAGAUUUUGGAGAUGCUGGGAGGUCCACUGGUGACUUUUCUAGCGUUCCAGGAGCUACAGAUGAGCGCACUCGCGACGAUGAAGAAAGCACAGGAGAAGCUAUUGAAGGAAGCUGGUGACAAGCAUGUUGUAAUACAGCGGGGUUUCCAUCCCUCUUCUUUCGGAAAACGUGCGGCCUGA